AUGAUAUCCCUCAGCCCCCCCCAACGCCCCCCGAGCGUAACAAUACCGUCCCUGGGCGAGGAAGGGAUUGAGUAUGCAGAUCUGGAUGUUGGAAACGUGCCCGAAGGUCAUAACCUGGCACCGACAGAGACUCGUAACGUUAGCAGUGACCUCAAGAUUCAUGCGCCGAGACCCUCCUUGCCGACGUUAAGUGCUAAGGCAAAAGUGCAGGCGGUCACCCGCACAGACUCUCGUCAGGCUGCUGCUGCUGGCCUAGGCCGGGACAGCGAAAGCUCCCCCGCACUCGAAGAGCCGGAGCGGGCCAGCCGAUCACUGCAUUCCCGAGCGAGUGGCUCGCGGGCCGAGUCGUCCACCGCUUCCUCCGAUCGCCGGCAUUCCAUGCAGCCCGGAGAGGAACAUGGCUUCCGGGUACCUAUGUACCCUAAUGCCGGUGAAGUUCAAGCACCUUCUCCUAGCCCCUACCUAGACCAAGGCUCUCAACGCUCAGGUCGCAACCACCACCGUUCUCGUAGUGCCCGAGACUCUUCCUUGCCCCCGGGCAGUUACGGCCUGCACGGGCACGGUGUGCCGAAUGGUGACAAGUUUGAGAAGGCCUGGUAUGAAAAGCACCCCGAUGAAUUCGUGAGGGAGGAGGGGCAAUAUGGCCCUGGCGUGGGCACUCCUCGCCCCGAUUGGGCUCUGAGCAGCGACGAUCUGAACAAGAUUGUUCGAGGCCCAGCUGGCUCUACACCUGGCACUUCUCCUAAAGUUCAGGGAACACCCGAGGAGGAAGUUGGAUACCUUGCCUCCGAUGAGUAUAUGCACCGCAUGGCAUCUCCCCCACCUGACACUCGGCUUGAUUCUCAGCCCACCGUAGAAUCUCCCCUUCGCCAGAUGAGUUUCCCAGCCUCGGAAAUCGAGCCCAAGAAUGCGCCUGCCUCUCCGCUACGCCACGGUCGGAGCAGAUCACAUGGCAAUCGUGCAGACAAUGACAUUAUCCACGUCGACGACCCGAAGCACCAUCUCCACCACCCAGAUGGAUUUGCUGCCACUCCAGCACAAGAUGAGCCAACAAUGGCGAUCGAAGAACCAUUCGAAGACCACCAGCCUAUUCUGGCUGCCGAUGAAGCGCGCCCCGGGUCGGCCUACCUCCAUCCUGCGGUUUCACCCACUCGUGGAAGUUUUGAUGAGGAAUACCGAAGCCGGACACCUAGUGUGUCACACAGCCGUUCCAACAGCAGAUCGGCCAGUGCUCAAGGAGCGCCCACGUUGACUCGGUUUGACUCACGCGAAUUGCAUGAUGAUAACUACACCCCUCUAGAGAAUGUCGAGGAAUACGAACCGUUAUUCCCAGAAGAUGAGCACAAGAAGGAACGUCCUGUCUCAGCUGCAGAUCGUUUCAAACAGCGCCCUGAGCUGUCCAAGCACAGGUUCCCGAGUCAGGAUAUCUGGGAAGAUGCACCAAACAGCCUGCAACUCCAUGCUACGGUCACCACCCCGGAUCUCCCCAGACAGGACUCCUCAGAGAUUUUUGAGACACCCGAACAAGAGGCCAAUCGCAGGAUGCAGAAUUCGAAAAUUGAUUCUCACCAAGUAGCCAGUCAUAUUCUUGAGGGGGAGAGUUCUCGUGAAAGCCCCAAGGCCCCCAAACGCCCCAAUGCUAUCAAGCAGCGAUUCCCAAGUCGAGAUAUCUGGGAGGAUGCACCAGACAGCCAGCAAUUGGUGACUACCGUUGGGCCCGCAGAGGAUGGGAUUAAGAGCCCCGAAGGACCUUCUAGACCUACCAUCCCUACCCGGCCACAGAAGCAGUCACAAUCCACAUCACCGAUAGAGAAGCGUCAGCCACCAGUGAUUCCUGGUCGCCCGAAGCCUCAGGUACCGGUUCGUCCCGCAAAGCCUAAUCCUCAGGUCCCAGCUGGCUCGGAGACCAAAGAAGCCUCUGAUGAAAGCCCAGCCAUGCCCAAAGCAAAGCCUGCAGUGCCAGCUCGUCCUGGUGGCAGCAAGAUUGCAGCUCUGAAGGCAGGAUUUCUCACGGAUCUGAACUCACGUCUCCAGCUAGGCCCUCAACAGCCAAAGCCUCAGGAGAAGGAGCCUGAACCUCCGGCAGAGAAGCAGCCGCUAAGCGAUGCCCGCAAGGGCAGAGCUCGUGGUCCUGCCCGACGAAAGCCCGCUGCGGAGAAUGCCAAUGCUCGACUACCGACUAUUCCAGAGAUCAAGAUUACAGAAACAUGGAAUGUCUGGCAGCUUUGCGAAGAUGGCAACUUGGUUGUCGGUGAUGAAAAGAAUGUCACCAAGGCGCCCGAGGUAGCCAUUCCCGCUGAGCCCGCCAUGGCACCGGAGAUAGCAAAGAACACUGCUGGUGAACCUGUUGACCCGACCCCGGAGCCUCCAGCGGCGGUUGAACCUGCUUCCAAUGCUACUGGCGCCCUCGAAAUCGAUCAGUCUUCAAAGGAGGAUGUAGCCUCACAGCAAGUACCCUCACAGCAAUCUACUGAGCCCAUUGUCGAGCCCUCGAUAAGACAAGAUGAGCCACAGUCCGUAUUUAAGGAGGAUGAGCCCUUAAUCGAGGCCACUCAGGCUCCUGUUCAAGAGGUCUCUUCCCCCAAAUUGGAGAACGCUCUCGAGGACAUGACCGCAUCAGCUGAUGGUAAGAAGGCAUCAGAUGGCGAUAUGCACGACUUACCAUCGUCAUCCUAA